UUUUUGCUUAUAUAAUCCUAGCCUUAAAAUCCUGCUGACCCUUCCUGAUCGUUCCUGAUCCUAUGCUAAAUGGGGAAGGGGGGCCUACGGGUCCUCCUAAUGAUUUCGUUCGAAAAUUAGCCCAUAUUUUAUCGCCCCAAAAUUACAAUUUAAUUUUGAGCUUUUCAAAAGGUACAUGUCAAGAAAUACCCGUAAAUGUCAUUAAGCACCUGGAAGAGGAACUUUAUGGAAUUAGAAAUAAAUUUAUAGAUGAUGUUGAAGUACAGCAAGAAAUUUCUCAAUGUUUUUUUAAUAUUAGGAAAUAUACAAAUAAAAUUUCAGAGUAUGAUAUUUCUGCUUUUCCUCCCUUCCUUGCAGUUAUCCAAGGUGAACGUUCCCUUCAUCCGAUGAAUGUUGGAAAAUAUUUAUUUGAAAACAAAAUUGAGGGAAUUAAAAAAAUCGAAAGUAAAGGGAGAAAUAGAAUGGGCAUAUAUUUUAAUACUCCUGAACAAGCUAAUUCAUUUGUCAAUAAUAAAGAAAUUUUAAAUAAAAAUUGGGUAAUUACUAUUCCUCCCAGGAUGAUCACUUGUAGAGGUGUAGUGUGGAACAUGGGUGAUGAUAUAUAUGAAGAAGAUAUUAUUAAUUAUGGACUAGGUAUAAGGGGUAAUUCCAGAAUCAAAAUUUUAAAUGCCCGUAGAAUUUAUAAAAGAUCUCGAAAUGAAGAUAAUACCAUGACAAGGAAAAGGACUAAUUCCUUUAUUAUUACAUUUAAAGGUAAUCAAGUUCCUUUGGAUUUGGAAUUGUUCAAUGUUUUACGCGAAAUUCAUACUUAUAAAAUUCCAGUAAUUAUAUGUCAUAAUUGCUACAGAUUUGGACAUAGAAUUCUGCAAUGUAGGAGUAGGAAAAGAUGUAUUAAGUGUAGUGAUACUCAUGAAGAUGAUGAUAGAUGUUCUUUAAAUCAAUUAGAAAUUAAAUGUAUUAAUUGUAAAGAAAAUCAUUAUCCCACUAACAAGGAAUGCAAAGAAUUUAAAAGGCAAUUUAUGAUUAAUGAUGCGAUGGCUAAGCAUAACAUAUCUUUUUUUGAAGCAAAUAAAUUAUUUCCAAAGGAACACGUUUCUUCUCCAGAUAGUCAGCAUUUUCCCGAGACUUUAGUUAAUUUGUCUGUCCCUAGAUCUGUAAAGAAGCAUCAUUAUAUUUCUACCUUAAAGAAAAGUAGACCUCGUUCUCCCGUUUCACAGAGGAUACAAACCAAAAUAUCUUAUAAAGACAUCCUUUUUCCUGAUUCGGCUAGAUUAUCAUCCAGUCCAAUUUUAAAUAAUUUAUCACAAUCUGAAAAUAAAUCCAAAAUUGAUGAAAAUAUAGAUGCAUCUAUGGAGGUUGGAGAGUCAUCCAAUUUUAGUUUAGAAUCAUCUAGCCAAAAUAUUGUUCAGUCUCAAGAAAGUUUUGUAGAUAGUUCAAGUUUAAGAAAGUUGAUAAAUGAUACAAAUGUUAAAACUAAAGAUAAACAUAUUACAAAGAAGUCAAAAAGAGCCAUAUAAAAACUUUAUUUUUUAAAUUCUUACAUGUUAUAUUUACUUUAUUAUUUUAUGGUUAUUUACUCUUAUUUAUGUCCAGUCAGGU